AUGAUCCAGAAUAGCUCACUUGUCAAGGGACAAACCUUGAUAUCGACAGGAGAAUUGUUCCAACUGGGCUUCUUCAGUCUAAAUGAUAGUUCAGCGAAUGGAUCUUUAGGAAUCUGGUACUGCAAUCUCACACCGCAAGAAGCUACUGAAGACAAAAUUGUUUGGUCGACGGGAACGAGAUCCACAGAACUCAAUUCUGCACGCUUGCAGCUUUUAGAAUCUGGAAACCUCGUGCUAAACAACAGCAACUCGAUUCUAUGGCAGAGCUUCGACCACCCCGACAGCCAGACGUAUCUCCCUGGCAUGAAGUUUGGAUUUGUCAACCAGACCAACACAUCACGGCGGCAAGUGUCAUGGGAAAACUCCAGAGAUCCUUCUCCGGGAGACUACAUCCAGAUGAUUCGUGCUCAACCUAUACCGGAUUUUAUCACGUUGAACAGAUCCGCCAAAUACCAUCGCGGCGGCCUAUGGAACGAAUAUGCAUCCAUCAGCCUUCCACCGAUGGCGAGCUCAGCAAGGCCCAAGUUUGUUUCCAACGAGAAUGAGACCUACUUUACGGUCAAUUACAUGUCCUCGCCGACGCCGGUGUUGUUACGGUCAGUGUUGUAUGCCAAUGGAGUCGUCCAGAAUUGGAUUCUUGACAGGGGUGGCAAGGGAGAGUGGCAACUUAUGUGGUCGGUUCCGGAGAACGAGUGCGAUGAGUAUAAUCGUUGCGGCCGCAACAGCGUGUGCACCUGGAACUACUAUACCGUCAACUGCGAUUGCAUGGAGGGGUUCAUAAAGAUUGCAGAGAACGGAAGCGAGGCCGGGUGCCAGAGGGAGAAGCCUUUGAAUUGCUCGUCGAACCAGUUUUCAAAGGUGCAGAACUUGAAGAUGCCCGACCCUGAGAACGCUACAGCACGAGGAAACAUGAGUCUCGAUGACUGCAAGAAUUUGUGCUUGAAGGAUUGCUCCUGA